CGGGACGAUUCCCCAAAGGCCGAAGGAGACUUUCAAUCAUCUUAUACUAAACCACUCUCCGGAACCAACCACUGUCUCGUCGGCUGCUCUUUGCUUGUAAUCGAGGCCCAGACGAUCAUCGCGGCUUUAACCCAGUUUCGAUAUUUUCCUCUGCCGCUGUGAGAGGUGAUACUUUGAUCUCUAUACUUCGAUUCUUCAGUACCUUGGUUGAUUUCGCUAUUCAUCUGUGAUGGCUACUCCGGAAGAAGUAGAGUAUGACAAGUUUCGAGAGAGAGUUGAGCGUACUGUGUAUAUAGACGAGCUCACGCCUCUAGCCACAGUCCCCGUUGUUGAAUCUGCUGUGAACCAGUUCGGAACGGUCAAGAGUGUCAGCUUCGUUCCAAACUUGUUGGGUCCAAAGGAGCUUCCAAUUGGUGCCCUCGUUGAGAUGGAGACCAAAGAGAUGGCUGAGAAUGUUAUCGCCACUGUGACUCAGUUGCCUUUCAUGGUUGCUGGAAUGCCUAGGCCUGUGAGAGCUAGUCCUGCUCAUCCUGACAUGUUUUGUGAUCGACCAAAGAAGCCUGGUAGAAAGAUCCGUUUUCGCUGGAUGAAGCCUAAUGAUCCUGAUUUCGACAAGGCUGUUAAAAUGAAGCGGCUUGUUCGUAAACAUUCCGCUGAAGCUUCUUUUUUGCUCAAGAAACAGCUCGAGGAGGCGGAGAAGCUGUCUAAACAGCAAGCUGAGACGACGAUAACACAUCAUAAGAAGUAUGAGUUGUGUGGUAAACUCCUCCACGAUGGCGUUGCUCAGAAGCUGGCUGAACGUUUCAACAUGAAAUUUUUUCGCUAGAGAGGCACCAUCUUUCCUAGAGAUGAUGGGUGUUUUGCCAUUGUGUAGGUACGAUAAGAAGGUUGAAGAGUGAUAAGAGUGUAACUAAGUACUAGUAAGUGACAAAUUGUUUGGGGAAUUGCUGAAAAAAAGCCAGGGAUGGUAUUUUGCUUAGGAUUUUGUUAUGGCCACUAGUUUGUGCAGAGUCUAUUCUGGUUGAGCUGACUUUUUGCUUUGGAUGCUACGUUUUUAGCCUUUUUUACUCUUAAUGAAGAAUGUUCCAAGCUGCUCAUAUAUGUGUCUGUCUACUCCACAGUUUCUACGAAGCUUCUUUAGCU